CUCGCGGGUUCGCUAACUAGCAGCAUAGUUUAGACCUUUGUACGCCACGUCUUGAAUUAUAAUGGGCUUGCUCGUUACCCUUCCGUAUCGCCGACUUUUCUGGUCGCUUUUAUGCUGCUUCGCGGUUGCUUCGGCAAUGGAACCUUCCCGGAUGAGGGGGCUCAUGCAGGAGAGCUCGUGGAGCCAACCCGGCUCAAGGUCAUCUUACCUAGGUCGGCGUGAGGGCCAAUGGGGACGGCUUGCAGAUGCCAGUCCUCUGAAACCACGUCGUCGGGGAGCUUGGAAUUUUAGCACAGACAUCAGACGACCUGAACUGACCGCGAAUGCAGAAGCGAUACACCUCAUAGGUGCUUCUCAUGAUGAGCUAUGCUGCAAUUUUUAUCGGACUUAUGAGGAGAAGAAAAUCCCAUUGGGCCUGUUACACCUCCCCCACAAAACGUAUCCAUUUGGAUUGGUAUUGGAUGGCCACCCAGGUUCGCCGUCAUCGGUUCUACGAGCUGGUCAUGGUACUAGACUCAAUGGCGAUGAAUGGACAGAGCUCUACGCGGAGUUGAUCACCACACUCUCCAAGAAGUAUCACGAAGAAAUCAAAGCUAGCUUGCCCACCGACUUGUACAAGCAAGAACAAACCAAACUAGCAGAUUGGCUGCAUAAACAGAUCUUCGAUCCUGACCACGGACGUCCACUCCUUGGAACCUCCCGAAACUCUUUUACAAUGGAGCCAAUUCGAGAUGUCCAAGUUGGAGAUGAUCAGGUUCAACUAAUAAACUACUUUUCACAGGCAUUGGUCAAUCAGCAUAACCCAAUACUCGAACCAACAGUCACUAAAUUACUAGAAUCUUACAAAUUACAAAGAUCCUUGGAAUAA